CACAGUACAUUCCACCAGGCUGGUGUUCCACUUAGUUCACUCAUUUCAAAUUCAUUCACACCUAAGUCAUAAUAUUGCGUUAUAACAUUACCGUCCUUUAAAUCAGCCGUUAGUUCUAAUUUAGUUGACAUAAUACACGAUUGACGACGCUUGAUAUAUAGCUGUGGCUCCGCCCCGUGGGUGGAACGAAACCUGUGACGAAAUAUCCAGCGAUGACGUCACAUAUGUUCUAAAUGACGCAAACUAAGUUAUUUCUACUGCAGUCCGAGUAAAUUACCAAGAGACGAAAUCACAAUCGAUGUCGUAAAUCUCCGGAUCGUUUCUGCUCUGUCGAGCUCCAGAUGUUUUAGGACUGCAUUUUUAAAAACAAUAGGUACAUCUCUUGUGGCUCAUGGGCAACUCGGCGCAGAAGGAGCCACGGGCCAAACUAAAAAAGCGCCAUGUGGCCAUUCGCAAGUUCAGAAGCAGCUCUCGUGAACCGCAGCCGGAGAAAGCAGAAGAGGUGUACCGAGCUCUCAGGCAAGGCCUGGUUGAGUACUCUGAGGUGCAUCAACUUGAGCUGGACAAACUGAAGAUCAUGCAGAGGAACUCAAGCCCGGGUGUCCUGUAUAAUCUUGACAAGCACAUCAGACUGAUUGAACGAUUCAUAUGUCGUCUGAAAUUCCACGCCAAUACGGUAGAUGAACUGUAUGAGGCUUUCUGUCUCCAGCGGCAUCUCUGUGAUGGGGCCAGUAAGAUGAUUCAGGCCUUUUCCACAUUUCACUCCACAAAGAACACCCGCAAGUGCCUGAAAAGGCUGAAAAAAUGCUACAAGGAGUACAGCAAGAACAUGUGCACUUUUCAGCAAGAGUUGGAGGACACCCUUGGGGAGUUCCAUUUCAAGAUGAAAGGUCUGGAUGGGUCCAUUCAACUCUGUCCAGGCGAUAAAUACAAAGUUUUCAUGCGCUACGGACAUCAGCACUGGAACCUGAAGGGAAAGAUUGGGGUGAACUCCCAGCAGAGCUGGGACACAGAGGAAAAAGUCUUCAGACUGUUCAUCACUGAACUCAUGUCCAUCAAGGUGUUAGAACUGAAAGGUCUGGUAAGUCAAGUGCUGGUGGGCAGUGUCCUCUACAACACAAAGGAGCUGUUCACAGCCAUGCCACAGGUGGUCACCUUGAACAUCAAUGACCUGCAGACUAUAAAGCUCAUCUUGGAAGUCACCUGGUUUCCAUUGCAGGACAUGGAGAAUUUCACCCUGUCCUUUGGCAAGAAGAGGAAAGACUUAGCCCUGCAGACCCCACCACCUUGUGUGCAUAGUCAGGGAACUCAAGAAAACCCCACCUUCCACAGUACCGCCUUUGAGCCUGAGCAAGACAGGGAUAACCUGGCCAUUGACACAGAGGCAGAGCCGCAGCUGGGUGAAGGCAUGGUCUGCAGCCAGGAGGCAAACACGCAGGUCAUGAUUUUGGAAGAUUUGGUUGAGCAGGUACCUGAGCAGGAGAGGUCCAGUCUGGUCAGUGAAGCAGGGGGGGGGCUGGAACUGCAUGAAGUUGUGGCCAGGUGCCCCUCACUUUGCACUGGGCAACCCAACCAGGCUGUUUUAGGUAGCUGUGAAGAAGAGGCUACACUUGCUGAGGGCAGGACUUCAGCCCACCAGAGUCACGCCUCAAGUCUCAAUGAGAUUCUUGAGAGUCCUUUAGCAAGUGAUUUUCUGAGUACCUCUGAUUUUGAGGAUGAAGAUGCAGGUAAUGAUGGACAUCUCCACUCUGACACAGAGUUCUUUGACACUGAGCCAGAGAUACCUAGUGAAACAGGAAGAUGACCUUCUUUGAAGCACUCUGACUGAGGACAGAAGUCACAGGUCAUUGGAAUGGCGAGGAACCUCUGCAGCUGUCCAGUACAGAUGGAUUCUUUAUUUAAUGUAUAUUUAUUGUGGAAUAAAGUUUGGUUACAAUGCGAUAAUUA